GAGAGAAUGGGAGAGGGAGAGAGGGGAGGCUGCCUGAAUGAUCUCAUCCCUCCAGCAGCUGCAUACCGCAGCGAGACAAACCCGUAACUUUCUAUCAAACUUCCAAGUUGCCUUUCGGAGGAGGACGCCGGGACGUCUUCAAGUCUGAAACCUGGAACCGAGACGCUUCCCCGCAAGGGGGACAAGAAAGAGCGCUGCGUAGUUAGUGCCUCGGACUUAACGACACCUUGUUGCGAGUUGGAACAAAAGGAAGGAAAACGGCUUCGUAUGGUGCGACAUCCGAAAAAAAGGAGCAGGAGCGGGGAAGGGCUGCAUAUUUGGUAUGAGACAGAAAAUACCAAAAGUUGGCAUUGUUGCAACUGAGGAAGCAGCAUGCAGGCUUGAGUGCUGAAGAGGUGGGCUUGCCUUUUCACUCGCUGAUCCAGACAAUCAAAAUUGCUCAUGAAGUCAGGGAGCAUCCCAUCCUGGAGGCAGCCAUGUCCACCUGCUAAGUGCCUUUAGCCUUUGGCACUGGUGUCAUGACCAGCCUGAAGCGCCCACCCAUGGAGCGCACUGUCGGGGGUUCCGUCCCCGCCACAGAUGAGUUUUACACCCGCCACCUCCGUAUGGUCAAUGGAGGGGCUGUGCCGACCCGCACGGACAAUGUCCAUGCCACUGUGAGCACAGGAGUGCCUAAAAUGGGUGUACGGGCUCGGGUGGCUGACUGGCCCCCAAGGAAAGACAUGACAGGGCCUCUGUGGCAUUCAUCUGCAGACCCUGAGAACUCUGGGGCGCCCUCUGUUAGCAAAAGUCACAUUAAGUUAGGCUCUAUUAUGAGCACUCAGGACUCCUCAAUGCUGCGUAACAUCCAGAAUACUUUGAAGAAUCGAACCCAGGCCCAUGGUAACAAUUACAGCCCUGAUACCCGCUAUCUGGCCCCAGGAGACUACAGAGGGCCUACUCACAGAAACCCAAGGCAGAAACGCAUCCGUCAGCGCAGCAACAGUGACAUGACUAUUAGCGAAAUGGAAUGCAGUGGAGACAGCGGAGAGGACUGGGGUCCGCCAUCAGGAUCCAAAUUGUCUCCUCUUCACCCCAAAUAUGGCAGCACCUCCUCAAUAGAUCAGCAUGGUGUAGCUGAAGAGAGCUUCUUUGACAUCCUUAAGGAGUAUCAAGGGAACAAAGUUGACCAGCGUAGCCCUGCUCCAGAGAAACUGGAGGACAUUCUGAAUGUCAGGUCUAAGCAGGCAGUUUCUGACCUUCAGGAGGAUGUCCCCGAUGGCCAACUUCCUAAGGCCAAGGACAGAGAGAAGCCUCCAAAGAGACGCACCAAGUCUGAGACGGGGGGUGAGUCUAUCUUCCGUAAACUGCGGAACGUGCGAGGUGAGUCGGACUCGCCCAGGGCGGGGUCUGAUGUAGAGGACAGCCGAACGGAGGACUUGUGCCCCCUUCUCAAGCCAUGGGUGUGUCAGAAGGGCUUUGCCCACUAUGAUGUCCAGAGCAUGCUCUUUGACCUUAACGAAGUUAUUCAGUCGCGGCAGACUGCAGGCAAGAGGAAAAACACCACCACCGGGGCGUCUGCCGCAGCUGUGGCCUCGGCUACCUCCACUCUAUCAUCCACCCACAGCCUGCCUUACAGCUCCCCUAGUGGCAGCCAAGAAGAGCUCAGUUCGAGGGACAGUCCUAGCCUGGAUGCAGGGGACGAACAGAGCAAUGAAAUGCUCCUAAGUUGCCCUUGCUUUCGCAAUGAGAUUGGUGCCGAUGGAAAUGGGAGGCACAGAUUAGGAGCAGGUGGAGCUGGCUACCACGGGCUCGUAGGGGGUGGAGCAGGCAGCAGUGGUUCAGGGAACCUGAGUGGGGAAAGUAACUUGUAUGAAACAUCUGCGAGCACACACUGCACAAAUGCAGGAGUAGCAGUUCUCGAAGGACCAAAGGAAGGCCCUAGCACAAUCAGCGAAAAGGGCAAACAGUACAUCGUGGAGCAUGUAGACCUGGGAGCCUACUACUACAGGAAGUUCUUCUACUAUAAAGAGCACUGGAACUACUUUGGGAUCGACGAGGGGCUGGGUCCAGUGGCGGUGAGCUUGCGUAGGGAGAAGCUAGAGGAUGACAAGGAUCAUGGCCAGCAGUAUAACUACCGCCUCAUCUUCAGAACCAGUGAGUUGACAACGCUUCGAGGUUCUAUACUGGAGGAUGCAGUGCCUUCCACCUCAAAGCACGGCACCGCUCGAGGGUUGCCCAUUAAAGAGGUGCUGGAGUACCUUCUGCCUGAGCUGGACCUGUCCUGCCUCAGACUGGCCCUCAACACGCCCAAAGUCACAGAGCAGCUGAUGAAACUGGACGAACAAGGGCUGAGUUUUCAAGUGAAGGUGGGGGUGAUGUACUGCAGAGCGGGUCAGUGCACAGAGGAGGAAAUGUACAACAACGAGACGGCUGGCCCCGCCCUGGAAGAGUUCCUCCAACUGCUGGGGGAGAAAGUUCGCCUCAAGGGCUUCACCAAGUACAGAGCCCAGCUGGACACCAAAACGGAUUCCACGGGAACUCACUCCCUCUACACUUCAUACAAGGACUAUGAGCUCAUGUUCCAUGUGUCAACUCUACUGCCUUACACACCCAACAACAAACAACAGUUGCUGAGGAAGCGCCACAUCGGGAACGACAUCGUGACGAUUGUGUUCCAGGAGCCGGGGGCUCACCCUUUCACCCCGAAGGUCAUUCGCUCUCACUUUCAGCACGUCUUCAUCAUCGUUCGGGUGCACAAUCCCUGCUCGGACAGCACGUGCUACAGUGUGGCUGUCACUCGUUCCCAGGACGUCCCCUCCUUCGGCCCACCGAUCCCCAAGGGCGUGACCUUCCCCAAGUCCACCGUCUUCAGGGACUUCCUGUUGGCCAAAGUCAUCAACGCCGAGAACGCAGCCCACAAGUCCGACAAGUUUGGCGCCAUGGCGACGCGCACGCGGCAGGAGUACCUGCGGGACCUGGCGGAGCGCCACGUGACCAGCACGCCGGUGGAGCCCACCGGCAAGUUCCCCUUCAUCUCUCUGGCGCACAAGCGCCGGGAGAAGGUGCGCCCGUACAGCGGGGCCGAGCUGCGGAGCCUGGGGGCCGUGACCUGGCAGGUCCACGCCGAAGAUCAGGUGGCCGGCGCCGAGCGCGAGUGCCUGCUGGCCAUUUCGAACGACUUCAUCAUCCUGCUGGAUCAAGAGGCCAAAGCGGUCGUGUUCAACUGCGCCACGCGCGACGUGAUCGGCUGGUCGACGGGGAGCCCCGCCUCCAUGAAGAUAUACUACGAGCGCGGCGAGAGCGUAUCGCUGCGCUCCAUCAAUAACAACACGGAAGACUUCGGGGAGGUCGUCAAAAGGCUGGAGUUGUUGACUAAGGGCAGCCAGACCACAGAGAUGACACUGCGCCGCAACGCCCUGGGCCAGCUGGGCUUCCACGUCAACUUCGAGGGCAUUGUAGCAGAAGUGGAGCCUUACGGUUACGCCUGGCAGGCUGGGCUCCGGCAGGGCAGCCGACUGGUGGAGAUCUGCAAGGUGGCAGUGGCCUCGCUCUCCCACGAGCAGAUGAUCGACCUGCUCAGAACCUCCGUCACUGUCAAGGUGGUCAUCAUCCCUCCCCACGAAGACUCCACGCCCCGCAGAGGCUGCUCAGAAAUCUACCACAUGCCACUUGUGGACUACAAGAACCACAAGGAGGGCAUGCCCUAUGAGUUAAAGUUCCCCUUCCGGCCCCCCAACAACAACACCAAGUGGCCCCGCACUUCCUCCAGCCCUCAAACGCGCGCUGCUGGCUCGGGGGGAACCCUGAUCAAGGCCCCGGCUUCAGACUUCAGCGACCGUAACGCCGCCGCCGCCAUCCCCCGCAGCGUGUCCAGCGACGGUCGACCCCUCAACCCCAAAAGAUAUUCCCCAGGGAACGACAACUACGCUCUCGCCUGCUCGAUCGUGAUGGGCCGCGCGAUGCACAACACAAACUCCCCUUCCAGUCUCCACUACCCGGACACCAUGAACUCCGGCCACUGGAGGCAGAAGUCUAUGCCUGAUGGGUUCAAUAACAACUGCCAGUCCCCUGCAUCAUCUGUGCGCCACUUGGCAGGCGAGGGCGUUAAUGGGAUCAAAGGUAGCUCUAGCACUGGAGUAGGAUGGUCCCGAACCGGGGACGGCGACGCUGCCGGUAGACUCGUAGACAAAACCGGCCCAGACACCGUGGUUUCCAAGGUGGUGAUUCCUCGACUCCAGCAGUCAGAGCAGAGCAGCAACGUGUCUCCUAACAAGGGCCCGAAGGCGGACGCUCCAUAUUCGUCCAGCCAGUCGAGCAGCAACACACUGUCCAGCAACGCCUCCAGCUCCGCCCACAGCGACGAGAAGUGGUACGAGGUCGGCUCCCGCUCGGGAGUGCGGAGCGAGCUGGAGCUCAACGGCUACCUGCAGGGGGCCUCCACCGACAGCGGCAUCGACGCCACCUCCUUCACCGCCACCCAGAGCAGCACGGCUUCCUCCACCGGCGCCUUCAGGGCCAAGGACAAAAUCCAGUGGCAGGAAGAUCCAGCGGGCAGCCAGAGCGCCACAGAAACUACGCCUCCGCCUCCGGACACUCUUGACGUCACUGGAGGCAGCGAGAUCCCGGCAGGUCCCGAUUGCGGCUCCUGCGGCCUCAGUGAUGGCGCCUCCCACUCCAGUUCUGGUCACUCAGGGAGUAGCCCCAUGUCGCCACAGAACGAGGCGGGUGCUGCCGCACCCACCUCACCCACAUCCCCGGGGUCCAAGAGCUUCUACCCUCGCCAGGGAGCGACCUCGAAGUACCUCAUUGGCUGGAAGAAGCCCGGGGGAACCGUCAACUCCGUGGACUUCGGCAGCACUCGCAAACGGCACCAGAGUGAUGGUCUGCUGGGUGGCCAGCCUCAGCUCAGGGCCAACCUCCGGGGCUCCCAGUCGCCCCAGCGGCACACUGCCAAGUCGAGCCUGGAGGAAGACUUGAAGAAGCUCAUCAUGCUUGACAGCCCUCCACCCACUACAAGCGAAGAGAAGCCGCUGUUUCCAGGCCCACCACCCAGUCGUCGUUCCCUUCAGAGAACGCUGUCUGAUGAGAGUAUCUACAGCGGGCAGAGGGAGCCGUCCUCCAGUGGACAGCGCGACACGCCCACUGACCUGCUGUUUACCUGCUCCACCAUACCGCGCUCACCCACCUCCCGCCAAGGAUCAAGCCGACGAGCAUCGCACAAAUCCUUGGGGGACCUUUCAGCCCCAGAGAGCUCAGAGCUGGAGCUGGAGAGGAAGAGGCAGCAGCUGCAGGAUCCUGUCCUCAUGCCCCUGCCUGACUCCGGGGCAGAUGGCCCGCUGGACUGGGCCCACCUGGUAGAUGCUGCCAAGGCAUUUGAGGAGCAGAGGCUGGUUUUCCUGGCAGCCCUGGAGGAGAGCUCCGUGGCUGAGAGCGCAGCCACUCCUAGCCCCCAGCAGGCUGAGCCUCAGGCGGCUCCGCUGAGACAGCCCUCCCCCGGAGAGACUCCAGACUGCUUAAAGGGAAAGGUGAGCCAGCUGGAGUCCAUGGUGAAGUCAUUACAGGAGGACCUGAAGAAGGAGAAGGACGCCAAGGCGUCUCUACAGGCCCAGAUCCAGAGCCUGCGAGAGGACAACCAGCGCCUCCUGGAGGAGUCCUACAGCGCCUCGGCCAAGCUCAAGAAGUUCACAGAGUGGGUCUUCAACACCAUCGACAUGAACUGACGCAUCGACCGCUCUCCAACGGGAGUAUAACCACUACUCAAGCUCAUUUCAAACUUUCAGUGCAGAAUCACUCACAAAAGCUGUGUGUCUCUCUCCUGGGCUCUCACAAACCAGUGCCAACAUGGAUUUACAUGUCAUCCUUUGUCAGCCCCGUGGACCUGUUGGAUAGUCACCAUAAAAGACUCGUUACAAGAAAACUGGGGGAUAGGGAGAAAAGAGCAGUGGUGUAACUGUGCGUCAGUUUUCAUCAGCAUGCACUCCCUUCCUUAGGAGCUCAUACAUGAUACGAAGCUUUGUUUCCAGUCUAAUGGACUGUUGGUGUCCCUGCAUGUCAGAGAGAGACGUUGAAACUAACCCAAAGGGAUUUGAUGUUACUGUCCUUGUUUAGCUCCCCGGCUAACCUAAUUACAAGCGAACAGAUUUUCACAAAUUAAAAAAUUCUUCAUUGCCACGCGAGAGUCCCACAAAAAGACACUGUAUUAGAAUCAAGUGCGUUGUAAAUUUGUUCAUAUUUAAACAUUCUUCAAGUUUCCCGUUUCAGAGAGGGCAGCACUGACUAUUUUUGUAUUACUAACCAAAAAAUAGAAGCUAUAUGAGACGACGGGAGGUGUUGUUUUUGAUGGUAGCGUGAGUAGGUAGACGCACACAGACAGACUCUUUGCGUAGCACAUACUGUAAACACUGUAAGGUCAAGUGCCUGUCUGUAUCGCCUAUGUCAGAUUGCAAGUGCAUCGAGGGUUAUCGCAAGUAAAGCUUGCCUCGGACUACUGGUCACAGGAGAAGAAUAUAUAUUGUACAAACACGAUAAGGGUGCCAUAAAGCUAAAAAUUGACAAUUCAGAGUUACUUAUUCAGAUUCUAUAUAUAUAUAUAAUGAAUAUAUGAUGUUGUUGACAUUUCUUUUCUCAUGCCUUCCCUUGAUAUGAUAACGUAUUUAUGUCACAGAGGAUGGCCAAGAAAAGAGAAACAGCCAUAUGCAAUUAGAGUAUGUAUCUGUGAUGAUGAGUUAUGAGUAUAUCGCAAAUGAGACUGAAAAAGAAUUAUUAUUAUGGAUUUUUUAUUUUUUUUUGUUCUAAAACUUACUUACACUUCCCUGCAGCAGUGGAUCGAUUGACCGAGCCACCUAGUGAUGACAACAUGUAAAAUACUACAUGGAACUGACUCCGCUCUCCACCGUAGCACGUUAAAAGGCCCCAAUCUGAUCCGUAAAACUCUACAUAGAUUAAAUCGGUACUGUCGGUAAGAUAUUGUGUAUAUCCUGAAAUCCCAGCUACAGAGUUUUCUGUAAUGUGUAAAUCUGCUCGAAAGCCCGAACCUGAACUCGGUCCUUAUUUAAGCCUCAUACUGUAACUGUUUCCUUUUGUACUCGGAUACUGUGCAACUGUAUAUAAGGAGAAUUUAAUAUUCAUCAGAAUUUGCACCUUCGUUCUUAUUUUGUACAAUUAUUUUUUUUUCUUUAUUUCUGCUUUACUGGCUAGUGGAGAGUGAAAUGAGUGCUGUGAAAGAUUAAAAAAAUGGGGAUGAGACGAGACGAGGACCACGAGCCGGACUCAGACGAAGAGUCCCAAGCCUCAGAAAGGCAGCAGAUCGCCCCUAUGCCUUCAUUCUUAACAUGUACGACAGCAUGUGAUUCCGUUUCCAUUGAGCUGUGAUGUGUAAAAAAAAAAAUGUUUAUAUCUAUUAAAAAUAUUUUGUUGAAUUACA